GCAGGGCAGAGGGCCCCCGGCCCUCUCCGCGCCGACGGGAGGGCUGAGGGCGGACCAGAGACGAGCUUUGCCAGGGCGGCGAUGCUGAGAAAGCCUAAAUCUGGAGGAAGGAGCUGCCGUUCCCAGGUGGUUACUUUUAGAAGCAGAAAUGCAAGGAAACAUCUCAUCCAAAUGUUGCUGCUGAAUCCAAGGCCAAAUCUCUUGACAGCUCUGGCAUGCUAAAUAUCACUUUUCUGCGCCGGUGAGGCCGUGGCCGUGAGCGAUCCUCCCUUCGCUGCCCUCCCUCCCCGCGGCCGGUGGGCUCGCGGCUCCGCGCAGCCAUGACGACCUCCGCCUUGCGCCGGCAGGUGAAAAACAUCGUGCACAACUACUCGGAGGCGGAGAUCAAGGUGCGGGAGGCCACCUCCAACGACCCAUGGGGGCCUCCCAGCUCCCUGAUGUCGGAGAUCGCGGACCUCACCUUCAACACGGUGGCCUUCGCCGAGGUCAUGGGCAUGAUCUGGCGGCGGCUGAACGACAGCGGCAAGAACUGGCGCCACGUCUACAAAGCCCUCACGCUCCUGGACUACCUCAUCAAAACUGGUUCGGAGAAGGUGACCCACCAGUGCCGGGAGAACCUCUACACCAUCCAGACCCUGAAGGACUUCCAGUACGUGGACCGGGACGGUCAAGCUGAAAUUUCACCCAAUUUCCUCUGUUGGCAGAAGCCACUUCCUCCAAUUUCCAGUACAGACGAAGAAAGGCAAUUGCAGCUAGCGCUCGCGCUGAGCAAAGAGGAGCAUGAGAAGGAGGUGAGGGCUUGGCAGGGGGAGAACUCCCUGCUGCAGAGAGCCUUGGAGGAGACCGCCCCGGGCAGGGAGGAAGAGGAAGAAGAAGAUAAAAUGAAGAAAAGCCAGUCCUCUAUUCUGGAGCUGGCAGAUAUAUUCGGACCGGCACCAGUCCCUCCCAGCCACACGUCUGCCGACCCAUGGGAUAUGCCAGAUCUGAAACCCAAAGCGGAGCCAGCAGCCUCCGCCUGGGCCGGCGCUGCCGACCCCUGGGUCCCGCUCCCUGCCACGGCCGGGGACCCCCUCUCCCAGGCGACAGCGUCAUCCCACCAAACCUCUGCCGGGCCCUGGGAUUUCCCCCCUGGUGCCUCCUCCUCCUCCUCUUCCUCUGAUCCUUGGGGAAAGACACCCUUGUCUUCUAGCUUCUCUUCUGCGGACCCCUGGGUAAAGGCAUCCCCACCUGCUCAGGUGGCUUCUGGUGCUACGUCGGCUGCCGACCCUUGGGCCACUGUCACUGAGCAACCUCCUAACCCGGGUAAGAGAGGCUUGAUGGGUGCUUCUGGUUUGCUUGGGACCGCUCAUGGCUUUGACCAUUGCUCCCCUUCCCUGGGCUCCUGCAGCAGCACGUCCCUCCCUUGUGUUUCCCCCAUGGCCUGCUUCGCAGACCCCCCGCCCCGCUCUCCUAUCCUGCAGCAGGACCUUUCUGCUGGCUCCUUGGCACGCUGAAGACUUCAGGGUGCCUUUAGGCUUUAUCUCUGCACAAAAGAGCCAAGCUGCUUUAAUUAACCUGGCAUAGUUAACUGAGCGCUCCCAGGGGAGCAGAACCAACAUCCCCACCGCUGACACCGCAGAGCAGCCCUGCUUGCUUUUCUCCACCCAAAACAGCGCCUGGAGAGCCCCAUUGUACUGGGAGAUAGCUGCCAAUUGCAGAUGCCGCGUUGCAGAUGAGGAACUGGUCGUAGGAGAAACACGUAUUACCGAGCUCGAAGCUGCUCUCAGUUCCUCCUCAGCGUUUCCUCCAACCUUGUGCAGCUCCCGUUUGCACAGCCCCAAACGCACAGGGCAGUUGCCCUGGGUUUUGGUCGUCAGGAUGAGAGCAGAACCUGGUCCUGGGCUAUAAGGACUGGUUCCCUGCUCAGCGGGGUGCUUGUUAAAGCCUUCGCCUUGCACGGUGUCCAGCCUGGUGGAGCUGUCCCUGCUGCGGCUGGGAAGGGGCCUGG